UUGUCAGUAUGAUUUUUCUUACAUAGUUAUACGUGAAUAUUAAAUACAACGUAUUAUAUAAGUUUGUGAUAUAUUUGAUUAAAAAUAUAUUUCAAGAAACUAGUGUCAUAUAUAUUGCAAUUUUAAUUGACAUUGAUCUUGUCAAAGAAAUUAUCAGGUGAUGAAUUUGGAAAGAAAUCAUCUUCCAACUUCCACGGGUCGAUCUCUCGAAAAGAUCUCGCGUCUUUUGGGAAUCAAUUUGUCAAGCUAUAUGGGCAGAUUUUACGGUCUCGUACUUUUAAUAUUGUUUUCCUUCUUAAGCCAGAUAUCUUGGCCCGAUGUUUGCACCAAUUAUUGCGAAGAACAUCUUAUUAGGAAAUUCAUGGUAACCUUACAAUAUAUUUUAUAUAUUCUAUUAGUAUUGACAAUGGUUGGCACGUCUCUAUUUCGUCCCAACCAAUUUGCUUCACCUCAUCAGGAUAUGUUCGUCAUAGAUUCUAUACUUGAAUUAUAUGGUGCACGGUUCUCAGAUAAGGAUAUUUUUUUCGCAAAAUAUCUACAGGAUGCCGCAAUAGCAAUAAUAACAUUACUUGUUCUAAUAAAACAUGCUUAUGAUAUAAUUGCGAGUAAUUCGUUUCAGUUAAUAUAUUAUUCUUUACGCUCUUGGUACCCUAUAGUAUGCUUAUUAUUUAUGGAUGGAUUGUUUGCACAUUAUGUAAACGAUAUAUAUCUUAGGCUUCGUGAGUUGAACAAAAUAGUAAUAGAACAUACAAAGAAAGAAAAUUUGUCUGUCUCUUACAUCGAUUUUAUAACAGAUUCAAACAUAUUAAAAAAAAAAUGGAACAAUGUUUUAAUUACUAAACUUCGUUCAAUUCAGUAUAUUCAUCAUAGAUUGCAUGUUUUAGCUACAAAGGUAAAUACAAAUUUCGGUCUACAGCUUUUAAUAGUAUCUGCUAUAUGUUUGAAUGCUAUAAUUCUCCUUCUUCAUGAUAUUUAUCAUCAUAUGAAAGCAGGAAAUGCUAAUACUAAAAUAUUAAGUUUUCAUCUGGUCUUUAUAUCUUGCUAUUCUCUUCGAUCUCUGUAUAUCAGUUAUGUUUGUCAGCGAUCGAGAAAUGAGUUCAGACAAAUGGCUAUAAUUUUACAUGAUAUAUUUCUGGAACAGAAGUUAUUAUGGAUUGAGGUGAUUCAUUUUUCACUACAAUUAAUUUAUCAGGACUUCACUUUUACUGCUUUUGAGCUAUAUGAAAUUAAUCUGUCUCUUAUAUGUUCCAUUGCUGGAGCAAUAGUGACAUAUCUUGUGAUGGUUAUUCAAUUGGAUACUACAGCAAAAUUUGCUCUUAUAAAUAAUGUAACAACUACAUGGAAUUAUAUGGAAGAUAACUCUACUAAUGUUAUUAUGUAAUAAGUUUCGGAUAAAAGCACAAAGAGAAAUAUAUAUUAUUUUAAUAUGUAUUUUUUAUAACUAUAAGGUAUAAUAU